UGUAAUAGAAAAUAGAUAUAGAAUGACCAUUUUGGGUAUUCCUCCGAUCAGUCUCUGAAGGGAGUUCUCAUUUUGGGAACCCAUGAGAGCUACUAAUCACCAACUAUAGAACAAACCAAUACGACAAGGUGAAGAUUAGGGUUUGUGCUGAAUAUCUCGUCACCAAGUUCAGAUCUUACGCAAUUCAUCCAAACUUCCAACCCUAAUUCCCCCCCGGUUAAUACUUCUGGUUUCAGGCAGUCGCAGAUAUUAUGGCCGCUGUUUCAGUUCAUCAGUUCGCUCAGUGCAUCACUUGCCACGCUUGGAGUCCCGAUCACUCCAUGAUAGCGUUUUGUCCGAAUAACAACGAAGUGCACAUCUAUAAACUGUUGGAAGGCAAGUGGGAGAAGAUCCAUGUUCUUCAAAAGCAUGAUCAAAUUGUUUCCGGUGUGGAUUGGGGCACAGAAUCAAAUAGGAUAGUUACUGUUUCUCAUGAUCGGAAUUCAUAUGUUUGGUCCCAAGAAGCCACAGAGUGGGUGCCAACACUUGUUAUUCUUAGGCUAAAUCGUGCAGCACUUUGUGUACAAUGGAGUCCAACAGAAAACAAGUUUGCUGUUGGAAGUGGGGCUAAGACUGUUUGCGUAUGCUACUAUGAACAAGAAAACAAUUGGUGGGUCAGUAAAGUUAUAAGGAAGCGGCAUGAUUCUUCUGUGACGAGUGUUGCCUGGCAUCCUGAUAAUAUAUUACUUGCAACCACAUCAACAGAUGGGAAAUGCCGAGUAUUCUCUACUUUCAUCAAAGGUGUAGACGUCAAGAACUCUGCAAGGGCUUCAUCUGAGUCCAAAUUCGGAGAGCAAAUCAUGCAGCUUGAUCUCUCAUAUAGUUGGGCAUUUGGCAUGAAGUGGUCUCCAAGUGGCAAUAUGUUAGCAUAUGUAGGUCACAAUUCAAUGAUCUACUUUGUUGAUGAUGUUGGUCCUUCUCCAUCUGCUCAGAGUGUGGCAUUCCGUGAUUUGCCUCUUCGUGAUGUUUUGUUCAUUUCUGAGAGAAUGGUCAUUGGUGUGGGAUUUGAUUGCAACCCAAUGGUAUUCACAGCAGAUCGAAGGGGAUUAUGGAGUUUCUUGAGGUUCCUUGAUGAGAGGAUAACAUCUUCAAGUGCAAAAUCUGGCUCACAGAUUUCAGGAAAAUUUGGAAAAUUUUAUGGCCAAUCAAAAUAUGGAAGCAAUGACACCGUUGAAACUUCAAGAACACAUGGGCGAGCACAUGAAAACUGUAUCACUAAUAUUGUACCCCUCAAGAAACCAGGGGAUACUGCUGUUACACAAUUCAGCACUUCAGGAUUGGAUGGCAAGGUAGUCAUAUGGGAAUUACAAUCGCAAGACGACCUCUCGGAGUACUUAUGAGGAUGAAGUUUCGUCAAACUACAUUAAGAGGAAAGAUUUAUUUAACAGACAGCAUAUACAAUACUGUCACUCUGUAGAUGCCAUUCCAACGUAAAUCUGAUCCGAGAAUUGAGUUCUAACAGGCAUUGAUUGAUCUCAGUAGGCUCGAGAGCAAUUGACAGUCUGAUACAGCUGAUUGGAUGGUCCCAUGGGUUUAGAGUGAUUGCAAAUGGAGAUAUUUUGCCUGGGCAACUUGGAGGCAUAAAACCUGAUCAUCCUGAUAAUGUGACUUGCCUUAAAUAGUCGCUCUUCCAUCAACAUAAUUUUAGUUGCAUGUUGUACUGAAUCUGAAUUAGGACCUGUGUUGAAAUGAAAGAUUUUGGUCUCUUAUUCAUGAUGCCAAAUUCAGUGCUGUUUGAAUGAUAUUGAGUUAUUAUGGCCUUUUCAUUUC